AUGGCAUGCAGCUACAGGAUUGAUAGUACUUGUGCAUCUACUCAGUUCCCGGCAUCUACUCAGUUCCCGCGGUUUUCGCUCCGCCGCGAUGGUCCAAUGGACUCCCCACUCAGAAUGUUUGCUGCCAACCGAGCUUAUUCUGAUGCUGCUGAUUCUGCUCCAGAGUUAGAUGACAAGACCCCUUACAUUCCCAUAUAUGUCAUGCUACCUUUGGGCAUCAUAAACAUGGAAGGUGAGUUAGUGGAUGCCGACAAUCUCUUCAACCAACUAAAAAUGUUGAAAUCAUGCAAUGUUGAUGGCGUCAUGGUCGACUGCUGGUGGGGGAUCGUCGAGAGGCGUGCUCCUAAGGAAUACAAUUGGAGUGGCUACAAAAAGCUUUUUGAUAUUGUUCGAGAUCUUGGUCUUAAACUACAGGUGGUUAUGUCCUUCCAUGAGUGUGGAGGCAAUGUGGGAGACGAUGUUCAUAUUCCCAUUCCUCAAUGGGUUCAAGAAAUUGGUUACGAGAACCCUGACAUAUAUUUUACGGAUAAAGAAGGGCGAAGAAACCAUGAGUGCCUUUCUUGGGGUAUUGAUGAAGAAAUGGUCUUAAAUGGGAGAACCCCACUGGAGGUUUACUCUGAUUAUAUGAGAAGCUUCCGCCUCGAAUUCGAUGACUUCUUUGCUAGACGAGUUAUCUCAGAAAUAGAGAUCGGACUUGGUCCUUGUGGAGAACUCCGAUACCCAUCGUAUCCGGCAAAAUUCGGGUGGGAGUAUCCCGGAAUUGGUGGAUUUCAGUGCUACGACAAGUACUUGAUCAAGAGUCUCCAAGAGGCAGCAGAGGCAUGGGGAAAUUCAGCUUGUGGUAAAGCACCCGAAAAUGCAGGUUCUUAUAAUUCAACACCACAAGAAACUGGGUUUUUUUGUGAUUUUGGAGAGUACAAUGGAUUUUAUGGUAGGUUCUUCUUGCUUUGGUACUCGCAAGUUUUAAUCGAUCAUGGCGAUCGAGUACUUGGCUUGGCGGCUUUGGCAUUUAAGGGCACUCCGAUAGCAGCAAAGAUAUCAGGAAUCCAUUGGUGGUACAACACUAAAAGCCAUGCAGCUGAACUAACAGCUGGCUUUUACAACAUUGGCAGUUUCAAUUGCUAUGCUGCAAUUGUGUCAAUGUUAAAGAAGCAUGAGGCAGCUUUGAAUUUCACAUGUCUGGAACUGCGCACGGUUGAUCAGGAACAGGAAUUUCCAAAAGCAUUAUCUGACCCGGAAGGAUUAGUUUGGGAGGUGCUAAAUGCUGCAUGGGAAGUCAAGAUACCAGUUGCGGGUGAGAAUGCACUGCCGUGUUACUAUAGGGAAGGUUACGAUAAGAUUUUGCAAAUUGCCAAGCCUAUGAAUGAUCCAUUUGGCAGACACUUAUGUGCAUUUACCUACCUCAGGCUCAGCCCAACUCUACUGGAGAAACACAACUUCAUAGAGUUUGAAAGAUUUGUACAAAAGAUGCAUGGUAAAGUCAUUCCCCCUAUCAAUUAG